AUGGAGCACGAAUCCAAAGAUAUCGAACAUGGCAAAGACAAUGAUGCCACUGUCGACGCACAAGACGAAGACCUCAAGAAUCUCCAGAACGAACACGAACAGCGAAAUGUCGGCACACUUGAUCGCAGACUGAAGUCGAGACAUGUUCAAUUCCUUGCGCUCUCCGGAGCAAUAGGCACUGGCCUUUUCGUAGGGAGUGGCCAGGCACUCUCUUUGGCGGGUCCACUGUCGACCUUCCUCGCAUAUCUGAUCACUGGAUUCAAUCUUUAUGCGGUAAUCAACAGCCUUGGUGAGAUGGCAACUUACCUGCCACUCCCUGGAGCAGUUCCUGUCUUUGCCGCACGCUUUGUCGACCCGGCACUUGGGUUCACCCUCGGUUGGAAUUACUGGUACCAAUUUGCCAUUGGUGUUCCAAUCGAGAUCUCUGCAAGCGCUGUGGUGAUCUCAUAUUGGCCAAACUCUGUCCCAAACGCUGCGUGGAUCACUAUUUUGUUUAUCCCAAUGGUCGUGGUCAAUUUGUUCCCCGUACGAAUCUAUGGGGAGGCAGAGUUUAUUUUCGGAACAGUCAAGUUGACUACUAUCGUUGGCCUGAUCCUGCUCAUGUUUAUCAUCACUCUCGGCGGAGCUCCUAAUCACGAUCGCAUCGGCUUCAGGUACUGGGAUGAUCCUGGCCCGAUGCUUGAGUACCUAAAAGAAGGAAGCCUUGGCCGUUUCCUUGCCUUCUGGAAAGUUUUCAUCCAAGCGACAUUCUCCUAUGGUGGCAGCGAGAUGGUAGUCGUCGCUGCUGGUGAGGCCGAGAACCCUCGACGAAAUAUUCCAAAAGCUGUGCGGAGAGUCUUUUGGCGUAUCGCUAUUUUCUACGUCCUAGCCAUCUUUCUCGUCAGUAUGUGUGUUUCCGCUGAAGAUCCCCGUCUGUUGAACGCAAUCAGCAGCUCGGCUCCCGGCGCUGCAGCAAGCCCGUUUGUCAUCGCCAUCACCAACGGUGGCAUUCCAGCCCUGCCUAGCAUCAUCAAUGCAGUCAUCCUGUCAUCAGCCUGGUCCGCGGGAAACGCAUUUUUCUAUGCAUCCACCCGUGUUCUCUACGCAACAGCCCUUGAUCACCGAGCGCCUGCAUUCCUUCGCUAUGAGAAAUUUGGUGUGCCAUAUGCAUGCGUCGGAGCCACCACGCUGCUCAGCCUGUUGGUAUAUCUCAAUGUCAGCGAAAACUCGGCGGAGGUCUUCUUCUGGAUAUCAAACCUGUCCGCGGUCUCCACGCUCAUUGUUUGGGCAAGUGUAUGCAUCACGUAUCUGCGAUUCUACUAUGGAUUGAAACAUAACGGCAUCUCUCGCUCAACACUGCCGUACAAGUCGCCUCUGCAGCCUUUCCUGGCAUACUUUGCGGUCUGUUUCUGUACGAUUGUCGCAUUCUUCAAUGGGUUCGAUGCCUUCUUCCCAGGACGGUUCUCCGCAAAGACUUUCAUACCGCCAUACAUUGACAUACCAAUAUUCGCAGCCCUGUUCUUAGGAUAUAAGUUUGUCAAACGCACGAAAAUCGUGAAGCUCAGUGAGAUGGAUCUUUGGUCUGGAAAGGCCGAGAUUGACAGGUUAGAGGGAACCUGGCCAGAGGUCAGGCCUAGGAACUUCCUAGAGAAGAUAUGGUUCUGGAUCGCCUAG